AGCACAGAGCGGACUUCUGUCCCUCAUAUCACAGUUUCUUGCCUUGCUGAAUAGACCUCUGUCAUUUGGAGGAUCAAUCUCAGACAUGAGGCUUUGUGCCUGGGCUGGAGUUUGGAGUCUCCUGCUCAUCCUGGUUCUCCUGAAUGCCUUCCAUGUUGAUGCAGAGAAGCUUCAACCCAAGGAGAGACACUAUUAUAUCGCUGCUGUUGAGAUAGACUGGAACUACUAUGGCAAUGACACACACAGGUCUGGUCCCACCUAUAAGAAAGUGGUAUUUCGGGAGUAUGAGAAAGGCUUCAGACAGGCUAAGACUCACCCCUCCUGGUUAGGUCUACUCGGACCCACGCUUCGGGCUGAGGAGGGGGAGACAAUCGUCGUCACUUUCAGAAAUAUGGCGAAUGGACCGUAUAGCAUGCACCCACACGGAAUUGCUUACGGGAAGCAGUCAGAGGGAGCCUACUACUUCGACAACACAUCGCAGAAAGAGAAACAAGAUGAUCUAGUGCAGCCUAACUGUGAACAUGUUUACUACUGGGAGGUGACAUCAGAUGUAUCUCCACAGCCAAGUGACCCGAACUGCCUCACCUACACCUACGUCUCCCACCAAAACGUGGUUCAGGACUACAACUCAGGCCUCAUCGGUGCUUUGCUCCUCUGCAAGCCUGGCAGUUUGAAUGAGUUGGGGGAGCAGGCUCACGUCAACCAGGAGUUAGUGUUCCUCUUUGGGGUUUUUGAUGAGAAAGCGAGCAAUAAUGAACCAAGCGGUCGGGCCUUAGAAAACCCUGUCAAGUUCACCAUUAACGGAUAUGCAAAGGGAUCACUGCCUGAUGUCAGUGUGUGUGCUCAUUCUUCUGUGAGCCUGCAUCUGGUGGGUAUGAGCUCAGAGCCUGAGGUGUUCUCAGUGCAUUUGAAUGGGCAUGUGCUGCAGCAGAUGGGGCAUAAAGUGUCAUCAGUGGGUCUGAUCAGUGGUUCCUCCACCACUGCCAGUAUGGUACCUGUCUAUACAGGCCGCUGGCUGCUGUCCUCACGCGUCAUCAAGCACAUAGAAGCUGGCAUGCAUUGCUUUGUGGAUGUGAAGAACUGUGAUGCCUUCCAAGCACCCCCGAGAAGGUUGACCAUCGCACAAAGACGUGAAAGCAGGGUGUGGACAUACUACAUAGCUGCUGAGGAAAUUCUUUGGGACUAUGCACCUAGCAUGCAUGGACAUAUAGAUGCGGACUACAAGUUUCAGUACCUGAAACAGUCACCAACACGCAUAGGAGGGAAGUACAAGAAGGCAGUGUACACACUGUAUACCAAUGAAUCAUUCACUGAACGGUCAGAGACCAGGCAAAGGAGAGAUGAGCUUGGAAUACUGGGGCCAGUGAUCAGAGCACAAAUCAGAGACGUUAUUCGGGUUGUUUUUAAGAACAAGGCCUCCAGACCAUACAGCAUCUAUCCACAUGGAAUGACAAUAGAGAAGUCAGAGGAGGGGGUCAACUACCCAGAAGGAGGCAACCAGUCUCAUGGUGUUAGGCCAGGUGAGACACACACCUAUGAGUGGAGAGUGGGUGACGAGGACGAGCCUUUGGACGGGGACUCCCGAUGUCUGACACGAAUGUAUCACAGUGCAGUGGACACACCGCGUGACAUUGCCUCAGGACUGAUUGGACCCAUCCUCAUCUGCAAGUCUCAGUCCCUCAAUGUCAGGAAUGUGCAGUUGAGAGCAGACAAGGAGCAGCAUGCCAUGUUUGCCGUGUUUGAUGAAAACAAAAGCUGGUACCUGGAUGAUAACAUUCGUCAGUUUUGUGAUCGAUCCAAAGUCAACAAGGCAGAUCCUGACUUUUAUAAGUACAAUGUCAUGCACACGAUAAACGGUUAUGCGUUUGAGAGUGGCCCGGUCCUGGGCUUCUGCAAUGGUGAGGUCGCAACAUGGCAUGUGUCCAGCAUUGGAGCACAAGACUAUAUCCAAACGUCUACAUUCUACGGCCACCCAUUUGAAUUGAAUGGGCGAACAGAGGACUUUCUCAGCCUCUACCCCAUGACUGGAGAGACGAUCACAAUGAAUAUGCUCAACACUGGUUACUGGCUUCUGGCUUCCCUGAAUUCCCACGAGACAACGAAAGGAAUGCGUGUAAAGUUUCGGGAUGUUGAGUGCUUUCGUGACUACGUGUAUGAGUACAGUGAAUAUGAAAGAGAAGAGCUAAUAGGACACAAAGAGUUCACUGUGUGGAAGCCUCCGAGCUUGGAUGAUAUCAAGGAGCAAGAGGAGAAGGAGAAACCAGUAGAAAAAAAGGCAGUGGUUGUAGAUGAUUACACGGAUAUAUUUGCAGAUCAAUUAGGUCUUAGGUCUCGGAAGAACCAGUCUAGCAGCUCAGGUGCGGAGAUGUUGGACCUGUCUUUCCUGGACUAUGAUGCUGUUGAUGUGCUUGACGGAGAUAAGAAUAGCACUCUUAAUUUCAACUCCACCACCACGGAGACAAAAAGUAAAAAUGAGACCUUUAUUUUAAAGCCAAAUCCAUUAAAUGGGACAUUAUUUUCAAACCUGAAAGAGCUUGAUAUAGUAAACCAUACAGCAGUUAAUUUGUUGAAUCAAAGCAAUGAGAAUACAACAUCAUUCUCUGACAAUUCGUCUGUGUCUAACAUAGAGGACACAGUGAAUUAUAGCCCCAACGUUACACAAAAUAAAAAUAUAACUCAAGUUGUUUCAAGUCUUAAUAAUGUCAGAGCAUCUGAGACAGAGAACUCCACAAUUCACAAUGAUAAGACGUCAAUAAUGGUUGGAAAUGUAUCCACAGAGACAACCAAUCUGAAUGUAACAUUACCAGGAAAUCUUAGUCCCAUUUUGGAGACUGAAAGAAUGAAUAACACACUGAGUGGUGAUAACCAGACUGCUGUGAACACGACUUCGCUGGAGGAAUCCGAGAAGACACUCAGAGGAGAUGUGUUCUCCUACUCCGUACCUCUACCUCCCUCCAGCAUCAACAAUCUCAACAGUACAACAGAGGACAAUGUCACCUCUCUGUCAAGCAGUACAAAUUCCAGCCCUGAAAAUGGAAAACUUAAUUUGAAUAAAACUGUGCAUUUAAAAAAUGUUACAAUGAAAGCAUCCAAAUCAAACCCAUCAGGUGGGAUUAUUUUUGAGAGUUGGGAAAAUGUCACUGCUCUUCUUGACCAGUUAAACCUUACAUCUUCUGUAGAAAGUUUCUCCAAUGAGACUAUGGUUUCAGGUAACCUCUCCAGUCAUCUAGUUCAUGAAAGCAGCUCUGAGGAGCCAAGUGCCUCAGACAGCAGUGAAGAAGUGUUUAUCUACCUUAGAGAAAACAAUACCGAGGUGAUUACAACUACCUCCAUUAAAACAAAGGGCAACAACUGGUCUUACGAGGGAACUCACCAAACUGUACCCAUGGAGAUCCCCGAUCACAUGUUAAAGUACUUAGGGAAGGAGGCCCCAGCACCAAAACCGAAACCUAAGACCAUUAAGGUGAACUCUCGUCAGAGGCCCAAGAAAGGCAGAGGCAUGAAAACAAGGAAGAGGAAGGAAUAUAAGCCUCAGGCCAGGAGUGGUUUACCAUUCUCUCCUCGUGGGUUCAAUCCAGCCAUGACCCCAAGAGGGGCACGACCCAGUUCACUACAACCAUUCUCUGAUGAGGAGGAUCUCAUUAACAUAGCAGUGGUCAUCGGUGUGCCCCGGCCUGAUUUCAGUGACUACGAGCUGUAUGCUCCUGGCAGUGAGCCACAACAUCUAGAUUUGGAUGAGCAAGAUGUCAAUGCAAAUGAAUAUGAAUAUGUUAGCUACAAAGACCCCUACAGCAGUGGCGAAGACAUCAAGGAUCUCAGUUUGGAUGACACCACAAAAUACUACUUAAAAAACUACCUCGACCCCAAUGUCCAGACUUACUUCAUUGCUGCAGAGGAGGUUGAGUGGGAUUAUGCUGGCUACGCAAAGAGGGUAGACAAGUUGGAUCAAAACAGUAGACAAACUAAGUUCACUAAGGCGAUUUUCCGAAGUUACAUGGAUGGUAACUUCAGAACACCUGAUAUCCGAGGUGAGAUGGAUGAGCAUCUAGGCAUCCUGGGGCCUGUCAUCAAGGUGGAUGUUGGACAAACCAUCAUGGUGGUGUUCAGGAACAAUGCCAACCGUCCGUACUCCCUACAUCCAAAUGGGGUUGGCUAUAACAAGAAGACAGAAGGUCUGUCCUAUGAUGAUAACUGCACAUAUUGGUUUAAAUAUGAUAAUGAGGUUCAACCCAAUACCACCUACACAUAUUUAUGGAAGGCCAAUGCAAAUGUUGGGCCAACGGAGGAUGAAUCCCAGUGUCGGACCUGGGCCUACUAUUCAGGUGUUAAUCCCGAAAGGGAUAUUCACUCAGGCUUGAUUGGGCCUUUACUGGUGUGUCGAGAGGGCACUUUGGACAAGAAGGUGAUGAAUACAAGGGAGUUCACACUGCUUUUCAUGACCUUUGAUGAGUCGCAGAGCUGGUACUAUGAGAGGAACCGCGAGUUGAUACAGAGAAAAAGCCCAAGGAAAAUUUUGGGCCUGGACUUCAAGGAGAACCUCAAGUUCCACUCCAUCAAUGGGAUUAUAUUUAGCUUAAAAGGCUUGAGGAUGUACACUGAGCAACUAGUGGCUUGGCACCUGAUCAACAUGGGUUCUCCCAGAGACUUUCAGAGUGUCCACUUUCACGGACAGACGUUCCUCCACAAGCACACCACCAGCUACAGACAUGCCGUCUACCCACUGCUGCCUGGAAGCUUUGCUACUCUUGAGAUGUAUCCUUCCAAGCCUGGCUUGUGGCAGCUUGAGACAGAAGUUGGUUUCAACCAACAGAAGGGCAUGCAGACCCUCUUCCUGGUUCUUGAUAAUGAUUGCUUCCGCCCACUGGGUCUACAAUCAGGCAGUGUGAAAGACGACCACAUCACAGCUAUCAACACUAGAGGAUUCUGGUCGCCCCAUCUUGCCAGAUUAAAUAAUCAAGGUAAAUACAACGCAUGGAGUACAGAGCAGAACGACAGUUGGAUACAGGUGGACUUUCAGCGACCAGUUGUGAUCAGCCAGGUAGCCACCCAGGGAGCCAAGCAACUAUUCCAAUCCCAGUUUGUGUCCAAAUACUAUAUCUCUUACAGCAAUGACCGCCGUAGGUGGAUCUUCUAUAAGGGCGACAGCAGACACUUUAGGAAGGUGUUUGAUGGGAACCGGGAAGCCUAUGGGACAAACAAAAACAUCUUCUUUCCUCCUGUGAUCGGACGGUUUAUUAGGCUCCACCCGAUCAAUUGGUACAACACAGCUACAGUCCGCAUGGAGUUCUACGGCUGUGAGCUCGAUGGUUGCUCAGUGCCUUUGGGGAUGGAGAGCAACCUGAUAAAAGACAAUCGCAUCACUGCCAGCUCCACAGCUACCAGUUGGUACUCUGGACCCUGGAAACCCUCCCUUGCUCGCCUCAAUAGACAAGGCACUAUCAACGCAUGGCAAGCUAAGUAUAAUAACAUGAACCAGUGGCUUCAGGUGGAGUUGCCCCAAAUAAAGAAGAUCACAGGUAUCGUAACGCAGGGAGCCAAGUCUCUGGGGAGAGAGAUGUAUGUUACCUCCUAUGCUCUGAUGUACAGCAAUGAUGGGGUACGUUGGGACCACUACACAGAUGAUGAGGACAUUGUAUCAAGGACUUUCAUCGGCAAUACAGAAAACCACGAGCAUGUGAAGAACUACAUUCACCCUCCCAUUUUCUCUCGCUUUAUCCGAAUCCUCCCUAGAAACUGGAUGGGCUCCAUCACCAUGAGAGUAGAGCUACUAGGCUGUGACUUUGAGUGAUACAAACACACAUACAAAUCAGGGCAGGUACAAACACAUACACACACACACACACACACACACACACACCAAACGAACCAAAUAUACAUUGGUGGAAGAAGUAUUGCAGUCUUUAUUUAAGUUAAAGUAGUGGCAUAAAAAUUACAGUAAAAUUCCUGUGAUGAAAAUAUUACUUAGGUAAACAUAUAAACGUAUUAGUGGCAAAUUGUACUUUAAGUAUUAAAAGUAAAAGGUCUCAUUAUUCAAAAUUCCCCCAACUAGUGUUAUAUUUAUUAUAUAUACUGUGUUCAGAUAUACAGUGCCUGUAAGUAAGUAAGUAAGUAUUCACCUUGACAUUUUUCUUGAAAUGUGUUAUGUUCUGUUUCUUUAAACAUGGAGUCAAAGAGGAUUUAAUGUGAAUGUUUUGACAAUGAUCAACAGAAAAAGACCCUUUAAUGUCAAGGUGAAAAGAGAUUUCUACAAAGUGGUCUAAAUUAGGCCACAAUAAUUACGUUAUCGACUUAUUGUACAAUAAAUUAACUUAACUCACUCUCCAGUCCCACCCCACACCCCUCUUGCAUUAUUAUGUUAUUAUAUUAUCAUUAUAUCAGUGGUAUGAAAUGAUCUUCAAAUGAUAAUAAUAUUGUUUAUCUUAUUAUUAUUUCUAAGACAAUAUGUCGUCCAACAAAAGUAGUUAUUGUGACUGGCCUAGUCAAAAUCACUUAGUGUUUUACAUGUGAAAUAUUGAUCCACAAAUGUAGUGGAGUGGAAGAAUCAAGUUGUAUAAAAUGGAAAUACUGAAAGUACCUUAAAGCAUUGCUUAAGUACAGUACUUGUGUCGAUUAAUUUAGUAAGAUUCCAUCACACAUUCUAACUUAAAAAGACAUGUAAUCUACAUACAGAAGUGUGCAUGUAGUCAGAAAUAGAGGAUACUACAUUUAAAUCACAACCUUUAAUGACAGUUUGUGAAAUGUGCUGCUUCCAUAACAAACUCAACUGUUACAUAAAUUAUGCCACUGGGAUAUUUGGAUGUUGCAACCAAGAGGAAUGCGAAACAAGUAAUAUGUCUUUUCACAGAUUAAUCUAGGAAUGUGUUGUUUUUAUAAACAUGAAUCCCUGUAAGCUCAUAAGUGAAAUGGUUUAUCAAAGAUAAGUGGUCAGUAGUAAUCAUUGAUCAGUAGUAGUAAUGUAUAUUCUUCUUACAUUAGAUAUAUGUUUUUGAAAUACUAGUAGCAUUUUGAAAUACUAGUAACAUGAUAUGAUACAACAUUUUGUCCAUCAGAUAUGAUUAUAAAUGAAUGUAAAUAUGUAAGUACAGAUCAUGUAAUUUAUUUGUCAAUAAAUAUUAUUACUAUUCUUGCUA